CAACCGAGGAACACUCGUUGUUUCUGAACAAUGCAGUUACCGCCAUCGGUACUCGUGCUCAGAGCGACGACGCUUCGCCAAACGAGCAGCCACACCAAUUAACAGUAGUUAACGCCGGUCUGGGCUUUAAAUAUUGAUCCAGUAGCUGUCGGCGCGGCAAACAAAGCCCCACGGAGUGUACCAAAAUCGCGGUAAAAUUCCAUCGCCUGGUCCCAGUUUGGACUAGAUCGUAACCUGGGGCAGGCGCGUGCAGGAUCACUAUCACUCUGUUCAGGAAGUCUACCACGUUUUACGGUGCAGUAAAGGUGCCAACGGAGGAAUCAUCAGUCUAGGGCUGUUGUUUGUCAUUGAUAAGAGCAAUUAGCGGAUAUGAAAUGGCAAGCAAUUGACAAGCCUACUACGGUUGGGAGCGCCAGGGAUUCCGUUACAUACCCGCAAAACCAUUCCAGUCCCGCCGUCAAACAGUAGAACAGGUCUCACCACAUGGUGCAGGGGCGCAUGAGAGAACACAAUUUAACUGGUCGCAAACGAGAGAAAAGAGGUGUUGUGUCUACAUCGGAGUGUUAAAACGUGAUCAGUCGGUGCAUUCGAAUGAACGACGUAUUAAGGCGGCAGUAAUGGAUGCAGAACAGCAAAGCGCCGUACGAUCGAAGGCAACGAAAGAACGUGGAAAAACCAUUAGCUAUGGUAUCGACGAGAAUCCACCAUGGUACUUCUGUAUCCUGAUGGCACUACAGAUUGUCUCCAAUUGCAGCACUACCUCACCAUGAUUGGUGCAAUCGUUUCGAUACCAUUCAUUCUGACGCCAGCCCUAUGCAUGCGGGAUGAGGAUCCGGCCCGCGGUACCAUCAUCUCAACCAUGAUUUUCGUAACCGGUCUCAUCACGUACCUGCAGGCGACCUGGGGUUGCCGAUUACCGCUCGUACAGGGUGGCACCAUCUCCUUUCUAGUGCCUACGCUGGCUAUUCUCAGUUUGCCGCGCUGGAAGUGCCCUUCAGCCGAACUAGUGGACAGCAUGUCUGACACCGAACGCACCGAACUGUGGCAGGUGCGAAUGCGGGAACUAUCGGGCGCAAUUGCCGUAGCAGCCGUCUCCCAAAUUGUGCUGGGGUUCACUGGACUCGUUGGGAAGCUGCUGCGUAUCAUAACGCCCCUUACGAUCGCACCUACCGUCGCACUGGUCGGUAUUACGCUGUUCCGCCAUGCCAGUGAAACGGCGUCCAAACAUUGGGGCAUAGCGGUCGGUACGACGGCCAUGCUGACGCUUUUCUCGCAACUUCUCAGCAACGUCAACUGUCCCGCCAUUCUGUACCGGAAAGGGCAAGGAUUUCGCGUCACGUGGUUUCCGCUGUUCAAGCUGUUCCCCGUACUGUUGACCAUCGGUAUUAUGUGGGGUCUGUGCGCGGUACUAACGGCCACCGGUGUGUUUCCCGAGGGUCAUCCGGCUCGUACUGAUGUGAGGUUAGGAGUACUCCAGGAUGCGGCUUGGUUCCGUAUCCCAUAUCCCGGUCAGUUCGGACUACCGACCGUGUCGUUGGCCGGUGUGCUCGGAAUGCUGGCAGGCGUUAUUGCCUGUACGAUCGAGUCAAUUAGCUACUAUCCGACGAUCGCUCAGAUGUGUGGUGCUCCGCCACCGCCAUUGCACGCCAUUAACCGUGGGAUUGGUAUCGAAGGGUUCGGCACGGUGUUGGCCGGUUUGUGGGGUUCCGGUAAUGGUACCAACACGUUUGGCGAGAACGUCGGUGCGAUCGGCGUAACAAGGGUAGGCAGCCGACGGGUGAUUCAGUGGGCGGCGGCCAUUAUGAUCGUGCAGGGUGUCCUCAGCAAGUUCGGGGCCAUUUUCAUUAUGAUACCGGAUCCGGUUGUCGGUGGCAUCUUUUGUGUUAUGUUUGGCAUGAUUAUUGCGUUCGGACUGGGAGCCCUACAGUACGUCGAUUUACGGUCCGCCCGUAACCUGUACAUUCUCGGUGUUUCGCUGUUCUUUCCACUUGUCCUGUGCCUCUGGCUGCAGGACCAUCCCGGAGCAAUACAAACCGGGAAUGAAACGGUCGAUUCUACGCUUUCGGUGUUGCUAGGGACGACAAUCUUGGUUGGCGGUGCUCUCGGUUGCCUACUUGACAAUCUCAUACCGGGUACAGAUGAAGAGCGAGGACUGGUUGCCUGGUCCAAGGAGAUGGCGCUCGAUGUGGGCCAACCGGUAAAUGCGAAUAGCCACCAUCCUACCGAUGGUGCAAAGUGUCCCUACGAUUUCCCUUAUGGCAGCGGACUCCUCCGACGCUGGAAAUGGACACGGUACGUACCGUUCUUGCCAACGUACAAGAUCAAGCUGUAGCGUUCUGAUGCGGGAAAAAAAACAUUACGGAGAUGCAGGCUACUUAGGUAAAGUGCAACGACGGUAAUCAUCCGUAUUUUUAUC